AUGUCUUCCGAUACAACAUCACGAUUGCCAUGCUAUUUUCUUUCUCAUGGUGGACCGACAACAGUACUUGAUACUGAAAAUGCUGAAUAUAAAUUUCUUCAACAAUGGGGAGAUAAAGUUUUGAAUGAAAUCAAACCAAAAGCCAUUGUCAUUAUUUCUGCCCAUUGGGAAACUAAUGGCGAGAUUAAAGUCGGAAAGUUUGAAGGUGAAACACCGAUUAUUUACGACUUCGGUGGAUUUGCAGAAGAACUAUACAGGCAAAAAUAUCAUAGCAAGGGUUCACCAGAAUUAGCUGACAAAAUUGUCAAUAUGUUAAAAAAGGAAAAAUUUAAAGCUUCAGUUGAUACGACUCGUGGACUCGAUCAUGGGGUUUGGGUACCUCUUAAAGUAGCAAUUCCUGAGCCGAAAGAUUUGCCUAUAGUACAAGUGUCUCUUAUACGCCACGCUUCAUAUGAAGAUAAUAUUAGAGUUGGACGUGCUUUGGCACCCUUAAGAGACGAAGGAAUUCUUAUUAUUGGUUCAGGUACGAUGGUUCAUAAUUUGCGCGACACAUUCAGACAUUUUAAUCGCGUAACAAAUACAUUUUCUGGAGAAGUACUCCCGUAUACUAUAACAUUUGAAAGGGACCUUGAUAAAAUAUUGUUGAACUCUAAAGGUGAAGAAAGAGAAAACCAAUUAAUUAAAUUGAUUGAUCAUCCAGUUUUGAGACAAGCACAUCCAACCGAUGAUCAUUUAGUUCCUAUUCAUAUCGCAGCCGGUGCCGCAGGACAAGAUCCUGGAAGGAAAAUUUUUGAACAAUUUACUACUGGAAUGAGUUUAGGUUCAGUGGAAUUUUGUGCUAGUGGAUAA